AUGCGGCUUAAAAUACGACUCAACGUGCUGGGCGAUUUGCUCAACAAUCUCCCCAGCGCGCAGGAGAUUUCCGCCAACCCGUUCCCCCCGCCGGGGCCCUUCAGCGCGCCUGAGACGCAGGUCGGCGCAAACAGAGACGGCGGCGGGCGGGAAGGGGGCAGCAGCUGGGGCAGCGGCGGAAGCGGCGGGGUAAGCGCGCGGGAAGCGCAAGCCCCCGCAGGGAGAGGCGGAAGCGGAAGCGCAGGGGGGGAGCAGAACGGCGGAGCGCAAGCAGGAGUUGGGGGGAACAGAGCGGGAGGGGCGGAAGGAGCUGACGCGGGUGGCGGGGGAAUUGGGGGGUUGGGGGGGUUGGGGGGAGUGGGGGGAGUGGGGGGGUUGGGGGGAGUGGGGGGAGUGGGGGGGUUGGGGGGAGUGGGGGGAGACGAUAGCCGGUCGGGGAGCGAGGAGGAUGGGACGUCAGAUGGGGAGGGGAUGGGCGGGAGGGAUAAGAAGAAGGGCAAGCGGUAUCACCGCCACACUGCGCAGCAGAUCCAAGAAAUGGAACGGUUGUUCCGCGAGUGCCCGCAUCCCGACGAGCGGCAGCGGCAGCAGCUGAGCCAACGGCUGUCACUGGCGCCGCGGCAAGUCAAGUUCUGGUUUCAAAACAGACGCACGCAGAUGAAGGCUCAAACGGAGAGGGCGGAGAACGCGAUGCUGAGGCAGGAGAAUGAUCGGCUGUGCAGCGAGGCGCAAACGGAAAGAGCAGAGAACGCGAUGCUGCGGCAGGAGAAUGACCGGCUGCGCAGCGAGGUGAUGCGGCUGCGGUCCGUGCUGGCGGGUGCUGCAUGCCCCGCGUGCCACACUCGCCUUGUGCCGGGCAGCGGUGGUGACCCCAUGCACGAUGCCUCGGCCGUGGCAGCCCAGCUCAUGGAGGAGAACGCGCACCUCAAGAACGAGAUAGAGCGAGUGUCAAUGCUGGCAGCGCGGCAGCUAGCGGCAAGGGGAGCGGUGGAUCCCAUGGGCCCUGCCACAGUCGCUGCUCUCAACGCUGCUGCUGCUGGCGGCAUGCAGGCAGCAGGCAUCGGCGCCGGCGGGGGGAAUUCAGCUGCUGCCGGCAAUGCCGGUGGUGGUGGUGGGAAUGGGGAUGGGGGUAUGGAUGGUAUUGGGGGCAUGGCGGGGAAUGGGGGCGAGCAGCUGAACCGCACGGAGUAUCGGCUGCGGUUCCCCAACUGUGUGGGCGACGGCCCUCCGGGGCUGUCCAUUGAAGCAUCGAGAGCAAGGGGAGUGGUGUCGCUGAAUGCUCUCGCGCUUGUAGAGCUGUUCAUGGAUCCGGUGAAGUGGGCGGAGAUGCUACCAUCGCUGGUGUCUCGCGCCGUGGUGGUGGAUGUCAUCUGUGUGGGCAAUGAGCCCACGCAGCGCAACGGCACUCUGCAGCUCAAGCAUGCGUUCUCUUCGCCCCUCACCCCUCUGCCUCCCUCGUUGCCCCAUCAGAUGUAUCUAGAAACGCAGAUGCUCACGCCCCAAGUACCUACGCGAGAGGCCUUCUUCCUGCGCUACUGCAAGCAGCUCUCCCCCACCUGUUGGGCCGUCGUGGACGUGUCUGUGGACCGCCUCAGGAGCGAGCCCCCUCCUGUCAUGCUCAAGUGCCGACGGCGCCCGUCAGGCAUCCUCAUCCAGGAGACGCCCAACGGCAGCAGUCAGGUGACUCUGGUGGAGCAUGUCGAGGCAGACCCCUUGGGAGUGCCGCCGCUCUUCAGGUGUGUCUUGGGAGUGCCACCGCUCUUUAGGUGGGCCUUGGAUUAA